GUUUUUCUGUGUUACUUUUUGGGACAGUUUAAUGUAAUUCACGUGGAUUUGUUUUGCUUUUCACUUCCACUUUAUAUCGAGAAAAUGGCUCUAAAAUCCUCCUUGGAGCCUUCGGAUAUCCUCAAAUCAGACAAAAGUGACCUCAAGAGACCAAUACCGGAUGAUGAUGAGGCAGAAGCUGUGGAAGAAUCUUCGGAUUCUGAAGCAGAAGUUGAGUUUCAGCCGUCGAAGCAGAAGAAGCGCAAAGUUGGAGACUUCAGUGCUGACUUCCAAUUUGCCGCUUCAACGGCGGAAUUGAACAAAGAUUCGUGGGAGGAAUUGAUGAAGCAGCUGAAGAGACGGAAGAAAACCCACGUGGAUGAUGCCAUUGAGAAGAUUCGCAGUGAAGGUGGAUUCCAGGAGGAUGAUGAAGUGGAUUUAUCUGAGGAUGAUUUAGUUCACGAUGACUUCAGGUUGAAGGAGCGCAAGGGGAAGAAGAAGAAGGUGGUGAAGGAGGAAGAAACUCUCGUGGAGGACAUUGAAACUGGGGAGAAGCUUGAGAUGGAAGAUGCACCAUCAACAGGGGAGAUUUCAUCAUUCUAUCAGAUGAAUCUCUCACGUCCUCUCAUGCGGGCAAUCACACAUCUCGGCUUCAUUCAUCCCACUCCCAUUCAGGCAGCCACAAUCCCAAUUGCCUUGCUGGGACGUGACAUCUGUGGAUGUGCUGGAACAGGGACGGGUAAGACAGCUGCCUAUAUGUUGCCGACGCUUGAAAGGCUCCUCUUCCGGCCAUCCAAUCAGAUGGUAACACGAGUCCUCGUGCUCGUUCCAACGCGUGAGUUGGGAGCUCAAGUUUACAGCGUCACGCGGGAUUUGGCGCAAUUCACGAAGAUUGAAACAUGCCUGGCCAUUGGAGGAUUCGAGCUGAAGACACAGGAGACGAUGCUGCGUCAGGGACCGGAUAUUGUGAUCGCCACUCCUGGACGUCUUAUUGAUCAUCUCAAGAACACUCCUAGCUUUUCUCUAUCCUCCGUUGAGAUCCUUAUCCUUGACGAAGCAGAUCGAAUGCUGGACACAUAUUUUGCUGAGCAAAUGAAGGAGAUCGUUGAUCACUGCGCCCGGACGCGGCAGACAAUGCUCUUCUCCGCCACAAUGACAGAGAAGGUUAAGGAUCUCGCCACUGUUUCCCUCACGAAGCCCGUUAAGGUUUUCGUGGACAGCAAUCAGGCCGUAGCGGAGAAUCUUCGGCAGGAAUUCAUUCGCAUACGCGGAGAGAGUGAGAAGGAUCGUGAACCAAUCCUAGCUGCACUAAUUUGUCGUACUUUCCACGAUCACGUCAUUGUUUUCGUGCAGACCAAGAAGCAAGCUCACAGGCUGCGUAUCCUCCUGGGGUUGCUGAAUAAGAAAGUCGGUGAACUCCAUGGGAAUUUGACGCAAGCUCAGCGUCUUGAAGCGCUGAAGAACUUCAAAGAUGAGCAAAUUGACAUUCUCGUGGCUACAGACGUGGCAGCUCGUGGUCUUGACAUCUCCGGCAUUCGGACGGUUGUUAACUUCGUCAUGCCACUCACGUAUGAGCACUACAUCCAUCGUGUUGGGCGAACAGCUCGUGCUGGACGUGGGGGGAUCUCAAUCUCCCUCGUUGGGGAGUCCGAAAGGAAGAUUGUUAAGGAUAUUCACAAGAAUUCCAAUCAUCCCAUCAAGAAUCGCAUCAUUCCCCCGGAAGUGAUUGCGAAGUACAAGAAUCGCAUUACAGCUCUUGAGCCAAACAUCGAGGAAAUUGUACGGGAGGAGUUGGAGAAGAAAGCCAUCGCCAGGACGGAAAAUAUCCUCAAUCGUGCCAAGGAUAAAGUUGAAGGAGUUACAGCGAUGAAGAGGGAGUUUCCAUUGAAAAUUAUGGGUGGGCAGAUGACGAAGAAACCCGGAAAGGGUAAGAAGAACAAGGGAGGUGCUAAUGACAAGAAGGGAAGGAAAGUCAAGAAAACAGGAAGUUUCACAAAGGCCAUUUCCAAUGUUAACUCAUCAAGGAAGUUUAGGCACGAAGCGAGUCAUGCAAACAAAAUGAAGCAGGUUAAGAAGAGGAAUCACUAACAGGAAGGGAUCUAAAAUAAUCUUCUGCUGCCUCUGCUUUUGUUAUUGACAAAUUUUCUCAAUAAAUUAUUGGGAAAUA